AGAACUGUCAAUUUUCGUCACCAUCAGCAAUCUGUCAUAUCGGUCGAUUUGUUAUCUCCUUGUGAGCUAAAAAUACGUUAAUACAAUUAAAUAAAUCCUUUGUCCUGUGUUAGGUGGUCUAAUAAUAUUAAAAAGUGGCGUAAACUACACAUAAAUCAUGUCGAAAUUCGAAGAUAACCCGUUUAGUGAUCCAACCAUAGACAACCCCUUUGCUGACCCUGCGGUACAGCAAGUGGCAAGAAGUACUAACAAUGCUACGCAGGGUCUCGACGAUUACAAUCCCUUCGACGGGCAGCAGAAUGCAAAUCAGAAUACGCCAGCGCAGCAGCCGACACAGCCUGCGAUCAUGCAGGCGGUGUCUCCUCCCAGCAACACACAGUAUGCCCGGCCCGCGCAGCCUCAGCCGCAGUCGCAGGCUCCACCCAACUUCACCACUGCAGACUUUCAGAGAAGACAAGAGGAAUUGGAACGUAAAGCUGAGGAGCUAGCGAGGCGUGAGGCUGAACUAAGAGCGGGAUCCGCGGGCCGGCGCAACAACUGGCCUCCCCUGCCCGCCUUCUGUCCUGUCCAACCGUGCUUCUACCAGGACAUCAAUGUGGAUAUUCCCCUGGAGUUCCAGAGAAUUGUUCGCCACCUGUACCAUUUAUGGAUGUUCCACGCGCUCAUCCUAGCAGUGAACAUAAUCGGCGGUAUCUCUAUCAUGUCGGUGGACCUCGGCGCAUCCACCUUCGGUCUCAGCAUCCUAUUCUUCAUCCUCCUGACGCCGUUCAGUUUCGUCUGCUGGUACCGGCCGAUCUACAAGGCGUUCAGAAGCGAUUCGUCGUUCAACUUUAUGGUGUACUUCUUCAUAUUCCUGUUCCAAAUCAUCAUCACGGUUAUACAGAGCAUCGGAUUUGAGGAUGGAGGAUUUUGUGGACUGAUCACGACCAUCAAAGCGUACAAAAAGAACGUGGCGGUUGGUGUUAUCACCUCACUAAUCACCAUCGGGUUUAUAACUUGCGCUGUCGCGGAUGUUAUGUACAUGACUAAGGUGCACCGCAUCUACCGGUCGACGGGCGCGUCUUUAGCCAAGGCGCAGGCGGAGUUCUCGACGGAGAUCCUUCGCAACCAGCACGUGCAGACCGCUGCAUCCAGCGCCGCCGCCGCCGCCGUCAACGCGCAGCUGGCCAACGCCAACCGCUACUAGCCGCCGGUGUAAUAGGAUGUGAAAAGUGACUCUGAUUGUGAAGUCGACGACGUCACAGAAGUACAGCAGAACUAAUGAUAGUAUUUUCAAUAGUUAUAAUAUAAUUCAGCAUAUUUUCCUGAAUUUUUUAUUGUAUAAAUAAUAAAUAAUAUUGUUGUAUGAAUACAUUUUGCAAUUUAUAUCGCUACACAUGUAUUCUACCUCAAAUGUUUGAUCAAAGUUGAUAGAUUAACGUAUAAUCAACAUACUUUUUGGCGGUAAAAUAUUUCGUUUCUUAAAUUAUAAGAUAAAUUAAUGAGAUUCUGCGCUAGCUGAGGUUCGAUUAGAUUCUUUCAUAGAAAAUUUAAUACAGUAUGCUGCAUGUUCAUUAUUUAUUAUGAAAAAAUAUUAUCAAAAAAUGCAUUAUGCUGUGUUCAAGCUUGAUAUCAAUAAUUAUAAAGUUGUUUAGUUUUACGGCCAAAAUGUGAUAUGGCUGUGUAAUUAAUUUCAUAAUAUUGUUAAACUUAAUAUCGUUUGCGCAUUUUUUAAAUAAUGUUAUUGAAUAUUAAGAAAUGCUGGUUUGAGACCGUUUAGUUAGCUGAAAGAUAUUUAUUUUAAAUCGAUAUGAGCUUACAGAUGCUUUAAACAUCAUAAGAAAUACAAGAAUUUACCUUAUUUAUCCCGCAUUCAUAAUUAAUCAAUUCGAAAAUUGCAAGCUAUUUUAUAAUAUUAUAGUCACAUGCAAUCACAUCGUGAAAUAAUCGUGUUUAAAGUAGUUGGUGUUUUCAUUACGUUGUUUUGUAUUAUUCUAAUCAUAAAAUUAUUCCCUCUUUUUCGAAAAGUAGAGUGAACAUUCCAAAACUUUAAUCAAUCUGUCGACUUGCAUAUUUAGAAGAUAUCGAUUUCAAUUUCUUAAAGUUCAAUAAUAAUUCAUAUUGAAUUUUUUGGUAAAUGUAGGUGUAUUUAAAUGUUAAUUCAGUAAAUGUACGUACUUGGACCAUUUACUUAAUCAAUGAUCUUUCAAGUAACGAAUUUUCUUGCCUUUUAUACUUGAAAGAUUCCUUCACUGCACAAUGGUGUAAUAUAAAUAAAGUGUAAGUGACAACCUAACUCUUACUAGUCACCGACUACAUAGCUUUGAAAAUUGACUUUACUAAAACCGCUUACAAUAUUUAUAAUUUUACAUGACUGUCUUUAAGUAGGAUACACUCAGUAAGUAGUAUUUAUGUAUCUGGGCCUAGUGUAUGUACUGUAAAUUAUUUACCAGACCGUCCUUACCCAGAUAAUGGUAAGAGAAGGCGUGUAGGUUUAUCUAAAUGUUUACUGUUUUGUAACGAUUAAGUCAUGUUAAACUUAUAAUUAAUAUUAAUAAAUAUAGUUUCAGAG